AGCGCCUCCUUUUUCCCCCUCCAUUAUAGAUAUAUAUAUAUACCAAACCAACUGCCAUUUGUCUUUCUUAACGCAGUUAUCUCUAUCAGUCGCUUAAUUUUCCCCUCUGUAAAAGACUCUAAACAUGAGCCGACACCCUGCUGUCAAGUGGGCCCAGAGGUCCGACAAGCUGUUUAUCACGGUGGAGUUGCCGGAUGCCAAGAAUGUGAAGCUGAAACUGGAACCAGAAGGAAAAUUCUUCUUUUCUGCAAUUGCAGGAGCUGAUAAUGUACCGUAUGAAGUGGAUCUCGAUCUCUUUGAUAAAAUUAAUGUUGAUGAGAGCAAAACUAGUACUACUUCCAGAAGUAUCGUGUAUCUUGUGAAGAAGGCAGAAGACAAGUGGUGGAGCAGACUGAUAAAGCAGGAAGGUGUACGUCCAGUAUUUUUGAAAGUUGACUGGGACAAAUGGGUUGAUGAAGAUGAAGAGGACACUAAACCUGGGACAGAUAUGGAUUUUGGUGACAUUGACUUUUCGAAACUCAACAUGGGAGGAGGUCCUAGUGAUUUUGAUGCUGAUGUGCCCGAGGUUCACAUUGUUUCUGCAGGAGACGAUGACAGUGACACCGAGGAAGAAGAAGUCAAGGAGGAAGAAGAUAGUGCACAUAAUGAACCUAAGGCAGCAGUGCCUCCAAGCACAGAACCCGAAGCAAAAGCUUGAUGCGUUGUAAUAUCUGAAAAGCGUUUUAACCGCAUGAGUUUUACUGUAGUACUGUUAGUUGUGGUUAGAGCAGUUGUGUAGGAAUUGAUGUUAGUUUAUGUUAUAUUUGAAGGAUUAGACGUUCCAUGUGAUUGAAUUUUGUUAUCAUAUAGCUCUUGUUAUUUGGCAACGUAUGAUGUGUUCAAUCC